GUAUAUAGAAGAGCUCGCCACAGUAGCGCAUUAGAAGAACCCACAGAACGGACACUACGCAAAAACUGAUAAGCGUCUCUUUUUAUACAAAACGCACAUGCGACGAUAAUAGAAAUUUACUCGAAGCAGCAACCGCAACAGUAGCAGCAAAAGCAACAGUAACAGCAACAGCAACAACAAUAACAAAUUAGAAACCAGCACCAAGUUCAACAAAUUCUAAAAAUAUCGCCAGUACGAUUAUCAAGGAGUUUUCCCCCUGCACACAGAAAUUGUGGAAAUGACGCUUAGCCACGGUUUGCCGCUCUCGCAUCUCAUUCUAAUUGCCUGUUGUGUGGCCACCGCGUAUGCCGUUUCGAGCACAUGGGGCAACAUCUCGAAUUCGGCGCAGCUGCUGCACUCUGAGAACGUGGUGAAUGCCUCAUCGCCGGGCAAAUAUGUAAACCAUGAGAUUAAAUAUCCGAAGAACGGCAUCGGUAAUGGCCGCAUCAUAACGGGUAUACGGGCCCUCGAUCAAGUAACCAACAACACUGGCGGCCAUGCAACGAUAUAUUCCGGAGGGCCGGGCUUUAAUUUUGUAAACAUUAAGCUGCAGUCGCAGUACAAUUACGGGUUGAUAUUCCGCGUGGAAAUCUAUGGAAAAUAGUUGUGCACAACAAUCCAAACACUAAGAAUGAAUUAAAAUAAAUAUAUAAUUUACUAUAUAAAUAAAUACAUACUUAUUGCAUAGGCAGAAAAUGAUAAAAACAAACUCGUAAAAUAAUUUAAAUACACAACCUACAAUAUAUUUAAGCAU